AUGCUGUUACGCCUUUGUCAACACCAAGCACGUCGCUUGUACUCCACUCAGCGUCAACAAUGUCUCUUUCCCACACGUACGAUUCGAUCGAUCCUCGACACACCACAAGACAAUGGCAAUGUCGCUGUCAGAGCCUGGAUCCGUUCCGUCAGAAAACAAAAACAAGUCGCAUUCGCCAACAUUAACGAUGGAUCGAGCUUGAAAGGAAUGCAGGCCAUUCUCACACCUGAACAAGCAGAAAGACUAAGCACUGGUGCUUGUGUUGAGCUUCAAGGAUCCAUGGUUGACAGCCCUGGCAAGGAACAAGGCAAAGAGUUGCAAGUUAUUGGCGUGCGUGUAUUGGGUGGAUGUGAUAGUAGCUAUCCUUUACAAAAGAAGCGUCAUUCGCUUGAGUUUCUUCGUAGCAUCAACCAUCUUCGAGCACGUGGCAAUACGGGUGGCGCUGUGUUGCGAGUACGACAUGCUGCUGGUGAAGGUCUCCAAAAGUUCUUUGCUGAACACGAAUUUGUUCAAGUACAUACACCUAUUUUGACAUCCCAUGAUUGUGAAGGUGGAGGCGAAGUAUUCAAAGUGGCACCAGCAUCUACGCCCAGUGGCAAACCAUCCGAAGAGUUCUUCAACAAGCCCGUGUUUUUGACAGUGUCUGGACAACUUCAUGCUGAAAUGUUAGCAUCUGCUUUAUCACGUGUAUACACCUUUGGGCCUGUUUUUCGAGCCGAGGAGUCCGUAACAUCACGUCAUCUUGCUGAAUUUUGGAUGCUUGAAGCUGAAAUGACAUUUAUCGACAAGCUGGAUCAGUUAUUAGAUGUCACCGAAGGCAGCGUACAAUAUGCUACUCGUCAUGUCAUGGAUCAUUGUUCUGAAGAUAUCGCCUUUUUCAACAAGUUUGUGGAUUCAACCUUGAGCGAACGUUUGGCGAAGAGUGUUGAGCAACCAUUUGCACGUAUGACAUACACCGAAGCUAUCGAGGUGUUGCAAAAGGCCAACAAGAAGUUUGAGUUUCCAACGGUGUGGGGAUCCAGUUUACAAUCCGAACAUGAAAGAUACCUUGCAUCUGAAUACUGCCAAUCACCUGUUUUCGUCACGGAUUAUCCAACCGAGCAAAAGCCAUUUUACAUGCGAGCCAAUUACGAUGGCAAAACAGUUGCUUGCUUUGAUUUGCUGUUGCCAGGUAUCGGUGAAUUGGUGGGUGGAUCGAUGCGUGAAGAUCGUGAUAUACUUUUACAAGCCAAGAUGGAAGCUGCUGGAAUGGAUAUCGAGGAAUAUCAAUGGUAUCUCGAUUUACGCAAGUAUGGUAGUGCUCCCCAUGGUGGAUAUGGUAUUGGCUUUGAACGAUUCUUGCUAUGGUUGACGGGUCUCGAAAAUGUGCGUGAGGUGGUUCCUGUACCUCGAUGGGUUGGACAUUGCAAAUAUUAG